AUGGGUUUGUCCAACAUGCUCAUCUUCUUGCUCCUGGUCAUUCCGUCGGGUCUGGCCCACCCGUUUGGCAUGGAGGAGAAGGUUUACCUCCAUAACGCCCAGCCGCAGUACCGUCGGUCCUUGUCGCACUGCCAGUCGACAUUGGAGAACCCCGAGUUUGUCAAGAGGACAAUUGCACGCCGGCAGUCCGAGGUCAACAGACUGAAGAAGGAGCGUGGGCUAGAGCAUCAUCCUAUCGUCCAGGGACGCCAGAUAGACAGGUUCCUGAAGGAUCACCAAGUCGAUAAACCCUUCAACAAGGACACCAAGGCCGCCGACCUCUUUGCUGAUGAUGGGACGUGUAUGAUGGCACAGCUGGUAUCCGAGGGACCGCUCUAUGUCAGCGGCGAGCAGAUUCGGCGAAAUCUGACCGAGAACGAGAGGGGUAUUCCGUUGACUCUGGAUUUCCAGGUCGUGGAUGCUAAGACCUGCCAACCGCUGGAAGAUGUGGCCGUCGACAUCUGGGGCUGUAAUACCACUGGUAUCUAUAGCGGUGUCUGGACUUACUACAGGAUGCCAGAUCACGGCGAGGGUUAUGACCGAUCCGUGAUUAACGCUACGGCCCUUCGAGGGAUCCAGUUUACAAACGAGGAGGGCGUUGCCACUUUCGACUCCUUCUUCCCAGGCCACUACCAAGGCCGAGCGGUGCAUAUCCAUGCGAUGGUCCAUAGCGGCGUAAAACGCGAAGACAACGGCACCAUCACUGGAGGCAACAUCACUCAUAUUAGCCAGAUGUACUUUGACCAGUCUCUCAUCACCGAGGUCGAGAAAACGGCGCCGUACACGGACAACAAGCAGGACCUAACACUCAACCGUAAUGACGGUCUCCUGCGCCAAACUAGCACCGCCACUGCCGACGAUCCUUUCUUCCGCUACGUCAUGCUUGGCGACAAGAUCGAGGACGGCCUUUUUGCUUAUAUCCGGCUAGGCGUCGACACGUCGUCCGCGUGGACCGUUAAUCCGGCGGCCUUCAGGGAUGCAAGUGGUGGACAUCAGAACCCGAACGGGCCGCUGGGCGAUGGAUCGAAGCCGCCGUCCAUACCCCCAAAUCCGGGACAAGGGAAGAUGCCGCCGCCUCAAUAA